ACGCCCCUCGCAGCCCUAGCAGCCCAUGAUCAGCUCCAACUGCCUCCCUUCAGCACCGGAGAGAUGCGGGCGGCGGGGCUGCUGCUGCUGCUGGGGCUGGCUAGCGCGGUGCACGGGCUCUGCUCACCCACUGUGUUCUACAGAGAUUGCUGGAUCCGCCGCUUCCCGGGGAUGCUCUUGGACCUGGAGGAGUCUCAGAGGUUGGGUGCCCAGUUCCUCAAGUACUACUCCGAGAACACUGGGCAGAAGUGCGGCCGGAGCUGCUGCCUCCGGAAGGAUGUUUCCUGUAAUGUGGCUGUCUUCUUCCACGAUCCCAUCCACGACAAUGUCAACUGCCUUCAUGUUCACUGCCCAACCCUGGAGAGUUGCAUCCUGGAGCCUGGGACCAGUGCCAUACUGUAUAACAUAACAGCAGGCAUAGACCCAGACUUGCUGGUUUUUGAGCAUACAUCUCCCAUCUACCCAAACACCCGUUCCUCGUCUGAAUGGUGGGAUAGACUGCGGAUUCUAAAAGCUAUGAAUGUAGGUAGUGGAGGAGUAGACCCAGAUUUGAUGAACCACAUGGUGCCAUCCACAGAGGCAGCAUCAACCACACAUCAGGAUUUAGGUGCAAACACAGGUUUCAGUUAUUCCAGGAAGUCAACCACGGAUGUGGGGAUAAGAUUCACUUCUACGAAUGUGUCCAUUGCUACCAAGGUCAACAUGGUGUCACCAAGCAUAGACUUCACCCACAGCCCAGGCAACAAGACUAUUUCUCCUUUCUUUGGACCCACAGACACAAGAGUUUCUCAGGUGCCCAGCCGAUCUCGACUCAACAUUAGCAAACCAUCAGUGAACAAAACAAAGGGAUCCCACAGUGGAAACCACUCGUCUGAGAACAAAGAGCCACGGGAUGGAGCACCAGCGUCUGCAGGGGUCUGGCUGGCUUGUGUGACCCUGGGUGCUGCCGUCGUCAGCCUUUGCUGCCGUGUGGUCCUCGGGGCAUCCAGAUGCUGUGGGAAGCAGCAGGGUUGGUCUCAUGUGGGACAAGGGUCAGCAUCUGGGUGCAAGCGUAACACACUGAAGGAAAGCUCCUAAAGGCUGGAGGUCUAAGGCUUUCUGUGAGAAAGAGCAUUUU